UUCUGUCAGUUCCGGCUGUUUGUUCGGGAAGUGGAUCCGCCGCUGCCGGAGCAGCCCGGAGGGAGCUGCGGAUCGCGAGGCCAGCACCGACCCCGCCCGGCCGCCCGCGCGUUCCGCCCCCGCCCGCCAUGGCCCGGGACUACGACCACCUCUUCAAGCUGCUCAUCAUCGGCGACAGCGGUGUGGGCAAGAGCAGCUUGCUGUUGCGAUUCGCAGACAACACGUUCUCAGGCAGCUACAUCACCACAAUUGGAGUGGACUUCAAGAUUCGGACUGUGGAGAUCAACGGGGAGAAAGUGAAGCUGCAGAUCUGGGACACGGCAGGGCAAGAGCGCUUCCGCACCAUCACCUCCACGUAUUAUCGGGGGACCCACGGGGUCAUUGUGGUUUAUGACGUCACCAGUGCUGAAUCCUUCGUCAACGUCAAGCGGUGGCUUCAUGAAAUCAACCAGAACUGUGAUGAUGUGUGCCGAAUAUUAGUGGGCAAUAAGAAUGACGACCCGGAGCGGAAGGUGGUAGAGACAGAAGAUGCUUACAAGUUUGCCGGGCAGAUGGGGAUCCAGCUGUUUGAGACCAGCGCCAAGGAGAACGUCAACGUGGAAGAGAUGUUCAACUGCAUCACAGAGCUGGUUCUCCGAGCCAAGAAAGACAACCUGGCCAAACAGCAGCAGCAGCAACAGAACGACGUGGUGAAGCUCACGAAGAACAGUAAACGAAAGAAACGCUGCUGCUAAUGCCCCAGCCGCUGCAGAGACUGCGCUGCGGUCCCUCCCCCAGCCCGAGGCCCAGAAGGCUCCUCGGGGGACAGUCUCAGUUUCCUGCCGUUAUUUAAAGAAUUCUCCAUGUUUUUUGUAUCGGGAGGCGCCAUCCGCACUUCCUCUCCCUCCCCCCUCGAGUGCCAAGAAGGUGUUGCAGGAGCCUGCCCUUCCCACUGGUGCCCUCCUGCCUGCCGAGGCGCCUGGACUUGGCGAGGACGCUGCCAGCUGAGCGGACUGAUUAACCAGUUUGUACAUAGUGUAUAUUGCUUUAACCAGCCGCACACCCUCGUUCUGCUCUGGCUUUGCCUUCUUAAUGCCAACCUGCUGAACAGACCCCGCACCCUCGCAGCCCAUCUGGCCGCCAGCAGCUUCCUGAGGAGACAGCCUCACCUUGUCGCUGUGUCUGGCUGACCUGGACCCUUGGCGUGGGCUCCACGUUGCUCAUUCUCUCCUACAGGCUGUCCCUGGCACGCAGGGUCUGACCCCUCUCCAGGGCCUGUGCCGGCCCACUUUCCUGCCCCCCAGCUGCUCUGGGAGCUGGGACCCCCGGGGCCUUGAGGCAUGCCCCGACCUCUGCUGGCCCCAGGGCUGUUGGUUCUGAGAGGAAGUCAGUACUCAGCUUUGGCCUACUCGUUUCUUGUCCUGCCUUCUAGAACCUCUGCUGCAUACCCAGGGAGCCAUGGCUUGUAAUUAAGCCCAACAUGUUGCGGUUCCAGCAGACAGGUAGGGGUAUGCCUGCAGAGGUGGGGCUUGUGGGGGGCAGCAGGGUGGAAGAGGAGCAUUAUUUUAACUGAUAAACGUGAAGCCAAAUUAAAUUAAUUAAGCUCCUCAAUUAUUUUCUUCCCAAGGCUUGGCUGGCCCCGCAGUGCAGGGUGCCGUCCCCCUGUAGGGUCUAGCGCGUUUAGAGCAGUGAAUUGCUUCCCGUCAUCUGGGGCCCAGGCUCUUUCCAUUUCUUGGGAAAAGAGAAGGGGCCCUGCACCCUGGACCAUGUGGGCCCAGGGGCCUCCUGCUGGGGUUCGGAGUCUGUGUACUAGCACCUCGAUGUGGGAGUGGACAUCAGGGGCUGUCAAAUGAUGGGGUGAUGCCUCUGAGCUGGGGCGGCAGCACUGGGUCACUGACAGAGCUGUUUUCGUGUGAAGGUGGUAGGAUUUCGUAGCAUGUGGGAAGAAAUGGCCGUGGGUGGGGGCAGCCCGUUUUGAUGGAGGCCGGUUCCCUGGAGGAAAAGCCAAGGCCACCUGCAUUUGAUGACUGCUCCUCUCCGCACACUUCAUUCCCUUCUCCCGUAAAAGGAUCACGUACCUGGGAAGAACUGAUCUCAACACCAUGAUGUGUUUGACUAGAUUUCCUGUCCGAGGCAAUUUCCAGGCACAGCCCUGACCGGACAAUCACUGACUGCAGAAUUUCCAUGUUAACACUGUGGAUGGGUUUUUAAUCAAUAAAAACUGGGGGUUUCUUCUCACCUGUCUCUCCACUUGUCCAAAGUGUCAAAAGCUGGGGUCCCGUGUGACAAGGCCUUCACCUUGGAGCUGCGGGCGUGGAUGGGCGCUGCGCUGGCGGGCUGAGCAGCAGGCAGCCUUGUCUGCGGAGCUGGGAGCAGCAGCGCAGUCCCUGUCCUUGGCAUUGUCCUGGCUGAGGAGGCGCCUGCCUGGUGGGCAUGCGCAGGGCUCGGGGCUCCCGCGGUGGGGUGUCACGCUUGCCUGAGCAUUAAGCCAGGCUGGAGCACUAGAGGGCUUCUGGCGUCUGGACAUCUAGGCUCAGGUGUGGGGUGAUGGCCGCCCGUCGUGCUGAGUGCCGCAGGCAUGAACCGGGGUUAGCGAGUGCCGGGGGUCCCAGGGCUAGAAGGACUUGAUGUGAGAUUCCUGUCAAACAGACUUUCCAAUGGUUUACUAGGAUUAUUUCUGUAUUGAAAGUUUCUAAUGAUGCUUUUUAAAAAAACAUACUAAAAAUAAAGAUUCAAGCUGCCAAAUUUC